AAGAUGCCUUCUGAGAAGGACCAAGCCAAGAAGAGUCUCACGCAGAGGCUGGCCCUGAAGAGCCGGAUAGCUAAGGAGACACUCUCUGAGUUCCUGGGCACCUUUAUAAUGAUUGUGCUUGGAUGUGGCUCUAUUGCCCAAGCGGUCCUCAGUCGAGGACAUUUUGGAGGCAUCAUCACUAUCAAUAUUGGAUUUGCAACGGCAGUUGUGAUGGCUCUUUAUGUGACUUUUGGUGUCUCUGGGGGCCACAUCAACCCAGCCGUGUCUUUUGCAAUGUGCGCCUUCGGAAGGAUGGAGUGGUUCAAGUUCCCAUUCUAUGUGGGAGCCCAGUUUUUGGGAGCCUUUGUCGGGGCUGCAACUGUCUUUGGCAUUUACUACGAUGGACUCAUGGCCUUUGCUGAUGGAAAACUGCUCAUCAGCGGAGAAAAUGCAACGGCGUUCAUUUUUGCAACAUACCCAGCUCCAUUCGUAUCUGUGCCAGGUGCCUUCGCAGACCAAGUGGUGUCUACCAUGUUCCUGCUUCUGAUUGUCUUCGCCAUCUUUGACUCCAGAAACCUCGGGGUCCCCAGAGGCCUGGAGCCCGUUGUCAUUGGCCUCCUGAUCAUUGUCAUUUCCUGCUCUCUCGGAUUCAACUCUGGCUGUGCCAUGAACCCAGCUCGAGACCUCAGCCCCAGGCUCUUCACUGCUCUGGCAGGAUGGGGAUUUGAGGUGUUCACAUUUGGAAAUAACUUCUGGUGGAUACCUGUCGUGGGCCCUAUGGUUGGAGCUUUCCUGGGAGGUCUCAUCUAUAUUCUUUUUAUCCAAAUGCAUCACUUGAACCCUGACCUGGAAGUAAAGGCAGAACCAGCUGAGAACAAUCUAGAGAAACACGAACUCAGCGUCAUCAUGUAGUGGCAUGGCCAGGUCUAGAGUUACCGUUGUUCAUCCAGUUCUUUCUUCAGAAAAGAUGGCAUCUGUGUGUCUGUGCAGACUUGGGGCGGGGGUAUCUACCCAGUUUUCUCUAGCCAACUGGGACAAAAAAAAAAAUCCCAAAGGCACCCGUGAAAAACUCCAUCCCCAGAAUAUCGCUGACUGUUUAUGAUGGGUAUUUGAUGGAAAUCUUUAAUCCUAGGUGGUUGCUAAGAAUUUGGAAACUAGACCAUGUGCUUGGCUGGAUGGCCUCAGAGACCUUUCUUACCCUAUAUGACAUUGUGUCAUCAAAGGCUCUGUUUUCACAAUCUAUAAAUGCAACAUUCUAAAACUGAAAGGCCAAACAGUGGCUGCUCUUAAGACCUAUGACAUGGGGAGCAAAGGGUUAACACUCUACCAAACUGAGCUCUGUCACUACAUAAAUACUGAUAUUUUCUCAACCUGGGGCUAUAGAAAGCAGCAGAAGGCAGCUGGAAGAAUGCAGUGGCAUUUAGAAACCUCAGGACUCAAGAUACAUUUGGGAAACUGAAUGGCUUUCUUUUCAAUGGAAACCACUUGUCAGAUUAAUCUCGUGCUCCUCUGCCUUUUAGAUGGUGUCAAUUAAUUUCCAGAUCUUUAAGUAUAUAAUAACCCAAUAUGUGAUUGCAAUCUUGGUCGGGAAAAACACAUCGCUCUGUCUUUUAGCACAAAUGUCUUUUCCCGAUGGCUCACGCAAGGAGAAACCUUUCUAAUAGUCUGUGUGGCUACACUCAUCCAUGUCUCCAGAAGCCCAAACUAAAAGCUAGUGGAACCCAGCCUGGUGGACUAAAGUUGGAGGUCGACAAAGUCCCUGGGACAAAAGUAUGAGCUCAGGCUUUGUGGCUCCCAGAACACUUCCACACACAUCCAAUUUGAUCCCAACAACAGUGGUCUGAGGUAAAUGACCACAGCAUUGUUUUCAAAGCAGAAUCUCAGGUGAAUUGAGCAAGUUGCCCUUUCUUCUGCAGGGUGCUUUGAACGUUCCCUUAUGCCUUCCAGAAGCUUGCUAGCUGGCCGAGGGUAACACCCUCGCUGAGGGCAUCAGCAGCUUCCAGAAGAUGUGUGCUUUGUAGAAACACCACUCUGGGCCUUUGGGUGUGUGAUUUCCAUAUGCCAUGUUGUCUGUGUUUAUUCCUAGUUUUACUGAGGCACGGAUGGAGGGGAAAAGUAGCCCUUUGAUAAUUUCCCUUUGUGGAGAGACAGAGGUCUUCUGUCCUCUGCCACUCUCGGCCUUCUCCCUACCAGCCCUCCUCAGCCUCUCCUGGUGACAUUUUUUAGCUGAUGUUACUUCCAACCAGAGCAAGAAUUGUUCCGUAUCAGGGGUGUACCCUUGCUGCAACUGUUAAGAGCCCAGCCGUUCCUAGAUACAGCAAGUUUUCCCAGGUGCUUUGUAAGACUAACAGAAGAAAUGAAUGAGAAACAUCUCUGAUACCCUGUGCUGUGCAACUUGUGAGCAUAUAGAUUCAUUUUCUGAGUCUGAAAUUACCUGGCUAUUUUCUAGUUUAAAUAAAUUUGGGGGGAGCAUAUUAAUUGUGUUUAAGGUAACUUUCUAUUUCCAUUUGAUGGCUGCCAAAACAUAAUUUUGUAGGUACUUACUGUCUAAGAAUUGAAUACCCUGCGGGAAUUUUAGAAAAUAUUCAUGCCCAGUUAGUCCUUUGUAAGUAGCUCAGGUGACUCCAGCUUGCAUUGAGGACUGGAAACACAGACUGGAUUGAACGGGAUGAACCUAAGUUUUCCUUGAAAGCCAUAUAGUUGUCACGAUGGGCUUGUUGGUUUUCUCUGUGCCAUAGGUUCCUACUGGAUUACAGCAUGGUUCUCACUAGUGGCAAUUUUGAUUUCUUCUCCCCCAACUCAAACAUCUGAGAACACCUGGAGAUGUUGAUAGUUGUCACAACUAGAAAUGGGGAAGAGUGCUAAUGACCAGAGAGAUGCUGUCACAGCAAGGCAGUAUCGAACUCAUGUCAGUUAUGCCCAGGCUGAGAGACCCUGGAGUCUGAGAAGGUGAGGAGAGAGAGAGUCAGGAGACCCUGAGGCCCUGUGCUCUGGAUUCAAGUUCUGUAAGGAGCAGAGAUGUCAGACAAGCCAGAAUGGACUCUUGCAGUGGGAUUUAACUCUCAGAGCAGAAGGCAAUUUAAAAUUAGUUUUGAGGAUGGAGUGUGGAAUAUAUGACCUAUGCAGGUGCUCAUUAGAUAUCACUGGAUGAGUAAUGACCAAGCUUAUGAAGAGGAAGUGUACAGUAUUGGAACUCCACCCCCAGAAGGAUAUCUUGAUGGAUAAAGCCCCAUUGUUCUACACUCAGCUCCACUCCCAUCCCAGGUCUCCAGUGAGCGGGUUGACCUCUGUAGGGUUCUUUCCCAAGAGAAUGUCUAUGAAGCCGCAUGGUCUACAUCAGAAGUCAGGAGCAGAGCCACGUUCCUAGGAGCAUCUACUGUCAAAAAUGGAAUUUUUUCUGUGAUUUCCCCAACCAUUGAGGUCUCAGAGCUCAGUUCUACCCAGCAAAUACCUCAGCCAAUAUUUGGCCAUUGGAUGUCGUUUGUUGUCUGCCGAGAGGACAAUGCGGAGCUCAGAUGAAUAGGUUCCACAGGGAUAGGGUCCAGCCAGGAGUGCUGGAAGCAUUACAGCUCAAAAAAGAAGUGAGGAUGUUUGGACAGCCUCUGCAGGGCAGGUAGCUGAGGUCCUGCCACUGGAGCAGCAGCAUAAGCUUGGCCAGCCCAGCAGGUCCAAGGCCCAGCAAUGAUGCUCAGGGAGACAAAUUCUUCCUCAAGGGUUACAGCUCAGUAAAACAGCCACUCUCUGAUGGCCCUUGGUGAAAUAACUUGUAUGCCCUAUUCCACAUUGAGGAGUGGGGAGGGAUUUAGGGGAAGGCAUUUCCCAUUGGCUCAGUCUGAGAUGUUAGUGAUGCUCUAUUGCAUGGGGAAGGACUACAGUUGUCUUUCCCUCCAUUACUGACUGUUAUGGUCCUCUUAGUGGGGUGUCAUGAUUACCAUGUUCCAGAGCAGGUACAGAAACAGGUAGGGAAUGGCUUGACUCCUGCUGAUCUUAAGUCUCUGAGAUUUUCCGGGUCUGAACUCACUCAGCCUUCCCACUUCAUCUGUCUGGUGGCCUGGCCCAUUUGUCCCACAGUCGGACUGGGUAAGUAGAGCUAAAACAAUUUCUAAUUUAAUCCUUAAGACAUAAAUUAUAAUUUAAAUUGCCCACACACAUCUUGUUAUGUUAUAUCACACACAUCUGGUGAUAUCAUCAUGGGAAAAGAAUUGUAAUUUCUGAUUACAGAGAAUGAUUUAUUGGCCUCAUCUAGCCAUAAAAACAAAUGUUCAAAAGCA